UCAAGAUGGCGGCCGUGCGAAAAAGCCCACAGCAACUCCUCGUGCGGCGGCAGUGCAAAAGUGCCGAGUGAUGCGCGAGUCCGCCGUCGCGAGCCCUAAAGAGCAUGCUGCACCAUGAGCGAGGGCCUUUGGGGGCCCGCGCGAGCGCCUAGAGGGCCCUGGGGCCGCGAGGGGGGGCCCUCCGGCCGCCCGCAGCGAUGCCCCCGCGCCUCGUGACGCCCCAUCGCCCCGCAGAAUGCCCUGGCGGGCCCAGCCGGGCCUGCUGCUCCUGAUGGCCGCUGUCGUGGCCGCUGUGGUCUUGGGUGCCCCAUGCGCGGCCUGCGCCCCACCCUGUGCCCCCAACAUCGCCCCAAAACAGUGCCUUCAUUUUCUGCAAGAAUCGCACAAAGACGAAGUGUGCAGCCGCGACCUGUCGCCCGGGCGGCGCCGUACCGCGUUGGCUAACCUUCGGCUGCGUCACUGCUGCGAGCACCAGGUCGCUGAGGCCCUACCAGAGGCUGCCUUUCACGAUACCCGUACCUGUCGCCUUCUCUUGCAGGAACUCCUCGAAACCGACGACCUGGCCUCUCAAGCUACUUGCAGCCACGCCGACCUCCUGCUGCGCUACGAUUGCGCCCAAAACUAUUCUAUCGCUUUCAACUGUGAACAUUGCAAGUGCACCUUCGCGCUGUUAGGUUGGCGAAUUUGCAGGGGGCACCAUCUACGAAGAGUUUUUCUUGGCCCGAUUUUGCGCUGUCCGCGUGUUGCGCUCGAUUUUCGACUGGAAAAUGGGUAAAAAUACUGAAG